AUGAGGCAACUCCUGAUCUUGGUGGCGCAGCAUCCGCUCAAGGUGGGAACUACAGUUCUGCUGCUAAGCAUCUUCUACAGCUUCGCGCGCGUGUUGGUGCUGCAAUAUGUGGUGGGCGCGCUACAGGACGCCAUAUUGCGGUACCCUAAGAACUUCCCGCAUGCCUUCUUCCUACCGCUCUUUCACAUCUCCCUGGUCGUCGCAGCCACUGCGGCGCUGUAUCAGGACUAUCGUCACAGCCGUUUAUGGAGCCCAGCGACUUCCACACAGCUCUGGAAGCACGUGCUGCCAUUGCCUCUUACGCUGCAUCAUGGUAAGUGGAGUCGGCUGGUCGGUAUCCCGCUCUACGCGUUUGUCAUUGCACUAGUCGACGCGGUGCUAGUGUUCAGGGACCCGAUCAUUGAAAGCAUGAUGUUCCAAGAUCGUGCAGAGAUGGCGGCAAGAAUAUUUACCAUCGGUGCACCAGCUGCAGAGAGAUCUACUACAAAUGUUCACUCGUAUGUAAGACUGCCAAUUGAGGUGUCUGUAGCUGCAGUAGUAUGCGCUAGCUUCGCGCUUGCACGGUUCUUUCGUGAACCUCAACACGAUGGAGAUGAACUGCGUGAAGCGGCAAGAAACAAUGACAUUUUUGGAGUAAAGCUGCUUCUAGCGCGAGGGAUGGAUCCAGAUGCGUGUUCUGGGGAUGGCACGACUGCACUGCAUGUUUGUGGGCAGCAAGCAAUUGAUAGGGCAGCUCAAGCUCUUUUGGAGCACGGAGCAUAUGCAAAUGUAAUCGAUCGGCUUGGAUUUACACCACUGCAUUGGGCGGUACAAAUGCGUCGAGAAGAAGUUUCUACAGCAAGUCGCUUGUCUACAAUUCGGAUACUGCUUCGCCACGGCGCUGAUCCGCGUAAACCCGACGCAAGCGGUACAACGCCGCUACUUAUUGCAUCCCGGAAAGAGAACGAAGCUUCUUUGGGCGUGCUAAAGGAGUUUUUGCCUGAAGACGAGACCAGCGGGGAGGUUGAAACCACGGAAAUGAUAGACGAAGCCACAAGUGACGAUGGCGAUUAUUAA